GCUUUGUCUGACUCCAUUUCUCACCUUAUCAUCCCCGCGUGGUUUCUUCGUCUCCUAUCAUUAAUUUAGGAAAAAAAAUACUGCAGAAUUUCGACGGGCUGUGCCAGCAAUGCUCUGGACCCCACCACAAAUGACGUGUAAGAGAUAAAAUCUCCUACAUAUCUUUCUUAUAGUACACCUAUUUAUUUUCUUCUUCAUUAAGGGACAAAUUGAUUAUAUAUCAUGUGUGGGGUUUAUGUUAAAAUCAACAAAUUUGAAGGUUGAUCCUUCAGUUUCUAAGUCCAAGUCUUAAAUUCCUUAGAGCAAUGGAAGAUCCAUUGUUGUCAGGGAAAAUAGCUAGUGAAGCAGGUCAAAGAGGGAGUGAGAGAUGGGGUUCUUAUGAGUAUGUGGGAAGGGCAGGCUCUGUGAUUCCCACGACUUCCUUAGCCGGAUCAGAAGUCAGUGUCGAUGAGAUUCGCUCUGCUGCUUCUAUGUCAGUUCCUUACUCUACUUCUCUACAUGCCCCAUUAAUCAGCUCUCCUCAAUUCCAAUCCCAGCCACAAUUCUAUGAGCAAGGGGUUGUUUAUCAGGGUGGAUAUUAUGGAGAUUCAGGAGAAACUACUGGUGGUCUGCGGAGGCAAGUGCUAGAUGAGGUCGAAGUACGGGAGUUGCUUAUAGAUCAUGUUGGUCAUCGCUGCUGUUGGGGAAGUCGUCCAGCUCGGACCUGGAAGAUUCAUGCAAUUGAAGACUGCAAUGUCUAUGUAGGAACUCUUGAAACUUUCACGGAAGAGAGAGAUACAGUUGUAGAGAAGGAGCUGUACUCUGGUGGCAGCAUUGAAGGAAAGGACAAGGGUCCUGAAACAGGAAUAUGGGAGCUGGAUUUGAGGGCCGAGUUUCCCGCUUUAUUUGUACCUUACAAGGAGUCGAGGCUGAGAAUUCCUCGUUCGGAAACUAUUGAGAAAUGUUCAGGUUGUGAUGGUAGAGGCAAUAUAGUUUGUCCCACUUGUAAUGCAGAUCAAGAGCCAGGGUUUUAUAAGGAGGGUCAAAUGGCCCAGUGUCCUACUUGCUAUGGAAGGGGUCUAAUUGCUCAUAAGGACGGAUCUGACACAAUAUGCCUGCAGUGUAAAGGUAAUGGAAAAAUUCCUUGUGCGACCUGUCAAUCUCAUGGCCUCAUCAAAUGCCAAACAUGCCAAGGUGACGGUUCUCUUUUGACACGGAAAGUAGCUGUUGUUAGAUGGAGGACACGUUCAGCCCGGAAAGUAAAUGCAACAAGUGGAGCAGCUUCUGUUCCAGAUGAUGUGUUCCACAGAGCAAAGGGAGUUCAGUUGUGCAAUAACCAAGCUUACCAGUGCACACCAGCCUACUUUGCUGAUUCUUAUUUCCUUAACAAGUUCUCUUCUGAAGUAAUUGCAGAGAGGCCUUCUAUACCUACUACUGCAAGGAUUAUAUGUGAGCGCCAUACCAUCUCUGUUGUCCCGGUGACUCGCGUGACCAUGACUGAUCUUAACCGCUCCUUUAGCUUCUAUAUUAUUGGAAAUGACACAGAGGUUUAUAUGAAAGACUACUAUCCUUCCAGGUUUUGUUGGGGCCUUUGCCCUUGCCUGGAAUGGCUGAAGUUAUAAUUGAAGAACUGGUUUUGUUUUUAUCAUUGGUCUGAGUUUGGCCCAAUAGUCCAAGGGGAGAACAUGUUGGUUUUGAGUAGAAGAAUAUGUUGUAUGCUUUGUACUUGUAUCCAAAAAAAAAAAAAGAGAGAGAGAGAGAGAGAAAAGGGUCAUCCUCCCAUUUGUUUUAUCUUGUUUCCAAGUCCAUAUUCUAUUUUUAUUCUGUAUACAAUAUGUAAGGUUAUUUAGCCCUCUGUAAUAUACCUGUAUGUUAUAUUAAAAAUAAGGGGAAAGGGUCAAAAA